AUGAAGGAGAAAUGCAAGAACGCGGCGAAGACGCGCAGAGAGAAAGAAAACGGAGAGUUUUAUGAGCUGGCCAAGCUGCUGCCUCUGCCGGCGGCCAUCACCUCCCAACUGGACAAGGCCUCCAUCAUCCGGCUGACCAGCAGCUACCUCAAGAUGAGGGCAGUCUUCCCCGACGGUCUGGGUGAUGGAUGGGGUCAGUCAUCAAGGUUCAGUCCUCUGGACAGCAUGGCUAAAGAACUGGGUUCCCAUCUCUUACAAACUCUGGAUGGAUUUGUGUUUGUUGUUGCCUCUGACGGCAAAAUUAUGUACAUCUCUGAAACAGCCUCAGUCCACCUCGGCCUGUCCCAGGUGGAGCUAACAGGAAACAGUAUAUUUGAGUACAUCCACCCAUCAGACCAUGAUGAGAUGACAGCAGUUCUGGGUCUUUGUCAGCCCCCACACCAUCACUUCUCUCCAGAGUAUGAAAUAGAGCGCUCCUUCUUCUUGAGGAUGAAGUGUGUUCUUGCUAAACGAAAUGCAGGACUUACAUGUGGGGGAUAUAAGGUCAUCCACUGCAGUGGCUACCUGAAAGUGCGUCAGUACAUGAUGGACAUUGCACUGUAUGAAUCCAGCUAUCAGACUGUGGGUUUGGUGGCAGUUGGCCACUCCCUGCCCCCCAGCGGUAUCACCGAGAUCAAACUCCACAGCAACAUGUUCAUGUUCCGCGCCAGCCUGGACUUAAAACUCAUUUUCUUGGACACAAGGGUGGCAGAGCUGACAGGCUAUGAGCCUCAGGACCUGAUAGAGAAGACUCUCUACCACCACGUCCACGCCUGUGAUGUUUUCCAUCUACGCUAUGCUCACCAUUUAUUACUGGUGAAGGGGCAGGUCACCACUAAGUACUACCGCAUGUUGUCAAAGCAUGGAGGCUGGGUGUGGGUGCAGAGCUACGCCACCAUCAUCCACAACAGCCGCUCCUCCAGACCUCACUGUAUUGUCAGCGUCAACUACGUCCUCACUGACAUCGAGGGCAAGGAGCUGCAGUUAUCUGAAGACCAGAGUCGAGCCACUAAGCCCAGCCUCAGUCUUGCUUCCACUCAUGAUCACCGCAAACAACUCAGAACCAAAGCAGUCAAGAUGAAGACCAAACUUAGAGCAGCUCCCUAUCCUGAGCAGCAGGCUGCUAGCCUCUUCCAGCCAGACCGCUCCAGCUGCUCCCCACAGAGGGGGCUGUGGAAGGAGAGAUCCCCGUAUCAACUGACCCCCUGCAGGGAGAGGAGCUCCAGCCUGAGCCCCGAAGCAGGCUCCACCUACAACCUGACCCUGCACUACCCCUACAACCACCGGCACCUUGAGGCUCCGAGCCAGCUGCCUAGCUCAGGUCCGUCCUCUCAGCUGGCUCAGCAGAUCAUUGGCUCCCUGCACAGCAGAGGGUCUGUUGGCUGGAACAUCAGCAGCCCCCCAGCACCCAACAAAUACACAGGCCCCAUGCUGGCAGCAGACCGGCGGUACCCCGAUGACAUCUACAAUGAAUGUUCCAGCAGUACAAACCUACAUUCUACCAGCAGGCUGAAGGAGGAACCCUACGAACAUUACACACUUGUCCACAGCGAGGUGUCUGAGGUGUGUCCACACCCACGUUCUCAUACCACCAAGGACAGUAAGCCUUUAAACCAGGAGGUCCAGCAUAACACAAGAGGUGCCGAGGGACCUCGAGGAGACCGGGGCCUCCCCUGCCCUCUGCUGAGUGGCCUGGUUCUGGGUAAAUGUGAGCAGGGUGGCUCGCUGAACACUGUGAAUCAGCCUCUGCCGGUGCAGAUGGCGCUGGAGCAGAGGAGGAGGCUGUGUAUGAUGGAGGCUCCCUACAGCCAUACAGCUGCAGGAUAUCCAACACCUGCUGACAGCCAGCAGCAGCACGGAGCCGCUGAGCUGCAGCACAGGUCUGCUGAGGAGGACAGGAGGAUGUUGAUAGGGAUGGGGGUUGGGGUGGGACUUCAAGCCCAAGCUCCAUACAUGUCUUUGAACUUUCAUAAGGUCCUGGGCAAACAUGGCUCUAUUAAAGCCCCCCCUUUUACCACACUGAGUCAUAUAACAGAUGGUUACCACGGUAAAGACACGGCCUCUUACAGCUGCAACAGCCAGAGCCAGAGCCCCAGCUCUGGCUCGUCACCCGAGAGCCACAGAGACAUCCCACAUUACAUCGGCACAUCUGUUAUUAUCACAAACGAGAGGUGA